AUGUUCUUCCAACCCAUACCAGCUAAAGAUAAAAUUACCUUUACGAACAAAAAAGAAAUAGUUAAAGCCGGUGGACGAAUUAUUAAAAUAUUAGAUGGUAUAGUAUACGAAGAAAAUUUUAGAACUCCACCCUAUAGAGAUGAUAUUUUAAUUUUGAGAGAUCUAACAAAUAAAUAUAAACAAGAAGGUAAUAUCGUAGGUAGUAAUUGUAUGAAAUUAUUAGGUAAUUCAUUGUAUGGUAAAUCUAUUCAGAAGGAUAUAACUACAUCGAGACAUUUAUGGAGUGAAGCAACUUUAAAAGCCAACUUCGAUUCACACGUCAAAAGCUAUCCUAAAGUAAAUGAGACUCAAUAUAUCGUUGAGAUAAAUGAAGAAGAAAAGGAAUUUGACUGUACACCUCCUAAAUGUACACGACUAACAGCUAGCCAUUUGGGAUCAUUCGUAUUAUCUCACAGUAAGAAAAUAAUAAAUAAUUUUAUUCACGUAAUAGAUGGAUUUUAUAAGCCGGAAAUAUACUAUACAGAUACUGAUAGUUUAUACAUUUCGUCUUGCAAUUGGGAUAAAUUAGCUGAAGCUGGGUUGGUGUCCGAAAAUGAUUAUUGUAAAGGAAAGAAUGAUUACGAUGAUGGUUGA